AUGGAGGCUGCAUUGAAAAAGAUAAACCUCGCGCUUCAAGAAGCAGCAGACGCAUUUGAAGGCCCAUUGAACCAAGAACGGCUGGAACACCUCCAGACCUUGGAUUCACUGCCUGACAAGGAGCUUUGGAACCUUGCUUCACAAACCGUCGAUUUGGCUGACAGAGUCAUUCGCAAGCUGCAGCCCCCGUCGCUGCAGCUGGCGGAGAGCUUUCUAGCCUAUCUUGACACAAAGUGUCUUUGGGCUGCAGUCUCGCAUAACAUCCCCGAUCUGCUCUCCUCUGGGGGUCCGCAACCAAUCGAAGAGCUGGCCAAGAAGAGUGGACUUCAACCGGUUCGCCUCAGACAAGUCAUGCGAGUCUUGCACAACAAUGGCAUCUUCGAGUAUGACCCAUCUGUUGGCACCUACAGCAACACGCCUUCCUCUGCCAUGCUCACCAAGGACCACUGGACUCAGUGGCAUCGCUGGGUGGACCUCUACGGUAACGAAAACUACAAGGCCGCCGAGGGGAUCCCCGAAGCCAUCGAGCAAGGCCAGACGCGGUGCGCCGCCCAGAUUCACUACAACACAGACGAGGAUAUGUUUCGUUACUUUGCACGACAGGGCCUACAGGACAAGUUUCAUAAGACUCUCGGAGCAGGUGCCGUGGCACAGGCUCCUGGAAUGAUGGCUGACUAUGACUGGGCACAGCUUGGUGAUGCUGUCGUGCUGGACGUGGGCGGCGGAGGCGGCGACUUCAUCACGAUGCUGCUGCGUCGUCAUCCCUCGCUACGCGGCGCACUAUUCGAGCUUGAUACUGUUAUUGACAUGGUCAAGCCCAAGUACCAAAAUCCCGGCGGUGACUUUGCGGAUGUCGGGCACCGGAUGGUUGACUUCCAUGUCGGAGACUUCCGAGAGGAGGUGCCUUCGUACGAAGUAUACACGAUGAAGUGGUGUCUGCACAAUUGGCUGGACGGGGAUGUCGUCAAAAUUCUCUCAGCCGUCCGUCGAGCUAUUGAGAUAACACCGCGGGCCAGAAUGGUGGUCAUUGAGUCCGUGCUGAAGGACGGGAGGAGCUCUCGUAUCUGGCGCUUUGGAGAUGCGACGAUGAUGUCUCUUGCCAACGGACAAGAGAGGACGGAGGCCGAGUGGCGGGAUCUUGUAGAGAAAGCUGGCUGGAAUAUUGCUAGCAUCUCGCCGCUGCGAAACGCCUGGGCAGCAGCCAUUGAGUUGAGACCCCAGUAG